UUUCGCGUCGAUCUUUCACCUGAACUGAAACGGCAUGGCAUUCACGAUGCGUUCCACGCUUCGAAACUAAAGAUCCACAUCCCAAACGAGGACCGUCGCUUUCCCGCCCACCAUAUCGAGCAAAUCUUAGGUCUCAGAAGUGAACCUAAGGAAUGGGCAGUAGACAAAGUCCUCAGCCAUUGUGGUAAGGGUGCCUCAGCCAUGUUUCAGGUGCAGUGGAGAUCAGGUGAUACAACA